UCUCUCAUUUUCCUGGUAUUAACUUGUAUUUUAUGUACUAGUUGUUUAUAUAUAAUAAUUUCUUGAGAGGGGUUUCUUUUUCCCUUUCCUUCUCUUCCCUUAUUUCCUUCCUUUCCACCCUCAGCUGUAAUGAUUUUCUCGUUAGGGGUAUCGUUCUUGAGGAAUCUGAGGAGUUGUUGGUGUGUUUGUGAAAAAGUGUCAGUUAAUAAAGCUUCAGAAAUAAAUACCAUUUCUUAAAGAAACAAGGACGAGCACCCAGAACAGAAUCGCAUGACUGCAUGAGUGUUUUUCCCCAUUCGUUGAUGUGAUCUUCAAACAAAACAACAAAUACCCUCUUUUCCAGCUUCCCCCACCCCCCCGCGGCUCUGGGUAUCUUCCCCUUUAUCCCCUCAUAUUUUUGGGUUCUGGGGUUGGUUUGAUUUGAUUCUUGUUCUCCUAUCGGUCAUCUCUGAUACUCAAUGUCACAUCCGAGGCAAUUCCAGAUGGUGGGUGGUGCUAACAAUCCUGGGCAUUACAAUGACACAACUUUUACUAAAAUCUUUGUUGGUGGAUUGGCUUGGGAGACUCAAAGGGACACAAUGAGGAGGUAUUUUGAGCAGUUUGGUGAGAUCCUUGAGGCUGUUGUUAUCACAGACAAGAACACAGGGAGAUCCAAGGGUUAUGGCUUUGUUACAUUUAAGGAUCCAGAAGCAGCCAUGAGAGCAUGUCAGAAUCCGUCUCCGGUUAUUGAUGGGAGAAGAGCAAACUGCAAUCUUGCAUCUCUUGGAGCAAACAAAAAUCGCCCACCAACUCCUCAACAUGGAGCAGGAAGGUUCAGACCAGGACCUGGACUAGUGGCUACACCCGCAUACCAUGGCUCUUCCUCUACAUUUUUCCAUCAGCCCUCUGGCCAAUAUACAUUUCCUUAUUCAGCUUACGGGUAUUCUGGAUAUUCACAAGACACCAUGUAUCCCAUGAACUAUUAUGGUGUGUAUGGAGGUCAGCAAUUUUCACCGUAUUACCCAUCCAGUGGGGCAUCUGGGCCACCAGGACUGGUCCAUAAUAUUUACCCUUUCUAUGCUCAAUAUGCUCAGACUAGCCAGGCUCAAGGUUUUGGACUUCAAUAUCCUCAAAUGCUACAGUUCCCCCUUCUGCCUCAGCAAUAUGGCUCCACCGGGAUCCUCUCUUUUCCUUCUUCAGUGCCAAUGUCAACUACUACAACUAGUGCAGUUGCAACAACAGCCACCACAACAGCAGCAACAGCGACAGCAUCAACAACAGUAGCAGCGACAACUGGGGCAGGUUCUUCACAAGCUUCUGGAACAGCUUCUGAACAAAAAUCUUCAACUUAGAAUCUCCAAGCCGAUGAAUAAAAAAUGUCUUUCCUUGCAAGGUUAACCAGUUUUAGAAAAAAAGCUGAUGAUGAAAAGGUGUCAAGAAUCAGAGAUCAGCCUGCGUAAGAAGAAGAAG